AUGGAUCCUCUUCGCCGCAAGGUCAGGGAGCCCUACAACCCUCUUCGAAAUAGUCGCCCUCCCCAACGACGUCCUCCAGUACCCUCACAGAGUCGAGCUCCACCACCGAAAUUUAAACAGCAGGUAGUUGAAGAAGAGCCAGAACCCGACUACGAGGACAGCACAGAAUGGACCUGCUAUACUCUCACCACAACCAGAAACGCUAUCACAGCCGGGAGUCGCUACCAUGUUAUGCGUUUACACCCCAAAUUUGUCGAGGUCCCUGAUCCAGCCGACAGGACAGGUGAGAGCGUCAUCAUGGUGCCAGAAACCGUCAACAUCACCGACCCAGAGACGUUUAAACAGCCAAUUAGACUUCACAGACGUGAUGCCACAGCACCUCUCGCAGGGAAAAAUGGGGCGGAAGCCUCAAAAUCAGAGACUCCUAAACCCGUCGACGAGGAAGAGCAAAAAAGACUUGAGUUUAAGGCCGAGAAGGCAAGGCGGCGUGAAGAGUUGAUGUCCAAGGUAGCGCCUGACGGAGGAGGAAGGAAUAAUUUCAAGAUAAAGGGUGAGAAGAAGACGCAACAGGUUAGGCAAUCAAACGCAGAGCAAGUGGCAAACCGCAAGAUGAGGUAUGAGGAACAGUACCCAUGGUUUUUGGAGGACGCCGAUAAUGGGCAGACGUGGCAGGGGCAGAGAGAGCACGCCAUGAGCAACGGCGAGUUUGUUGUACUACAUAUGGAUCAUGUUCAAGGGUCUUUUAAUAUGAUACCCGUCGAAAAGUGGUACCGCUUUACGAAGGUGAAAAGAGUCAAUAAGAUGACAGAGAAGGAAAUAAAGGCAGGCGAGAAGGUGUUGAGCGGCGAGGAGCCGGCACUUCCCUCGUGGGCGAAGAAAGUUCUGAAGGAAGAAUUUGUGGAGACAGAGGAGCUCACGAAACAGGAGCAAAGAUUAUAUUCUAAGAAUGCGUCAUUAGUCCCAAGAAGGCAGAUAAGGACAAUAAAGGGCGGGGAGGAGGGCAACCAAGUAAAUGAAGAACUGGACUUCAACGUCGAAGAUCAAUUUGAUAAUGAUGACGCAGGUGGAGUGCUCGGAGACUUUGGGGAAGGGAAUGAGGGCGAAGAAGCUGCUAAGGAUGCUGCCAAACGUAUCAUCAAAGAUCAACUCUCUGCAAAUGUGUUCGGCUCUCGUACCGAAAAGGAUCUUAUUGAAGAAAGAAAAAAGGUGAAGAUUCGUCAGAAGCUGUUGAAAGCACAUGGAAAGAAGGUCUCCAAAGCUCUCAAACGGCGCGAGGGGAACUACAUUUACGACUCGGACGAGGAAGAUCCGUAUUUAAACAAACUCCUCUCUGCUUCCGACAACGACUCCGACUCUGACUCUGAAGCCGAAGCCGAAGAAUUCAAAAAAUGGAAGCUAGAGCUAAAGAAGGUCGCCGACGAAAAAGCAGCUGAAGAGGCACGCAAAUUAGAGGCGAAAAAAGAAACAGCGAAAAGGGCAACGGAAAAGCGGAAAGCAAAAAAGAGGGCCGAAAAUGGAGAGUCUCCUGCUGACGAUAUUCCUACUUCUGCACCGGCCACGCCAGCUCUUAUCCCGCACGCCAUCUCAAAGUCCGCUCGAAACGAAGUUAAAUCCCGAAAAAGAUCUCGCUCUCCGGAGUCUCAGAAAUCCACAAAGCGCAGAUGCAAUGAUCUAGCGCCAAAUCCGAGCAUUGACUCGCCGCUUAUUUCUCCCGCCCCCCAGCCUAGGGCGAAUGUGAAGAAGCGGCCUCGCUCCCCGGAACCCGCAAAACCCCAAAAACCCAGCGGAUUGCUGAAGCGUAGGCGCCAGAAUAAGGUUGCAGACAACACCAUAUUAGUGCCGGAAAAAAAGAAUGCAAAUAGUGCUAGCCCUACUGUAUCAAAAUCGCCGUCUCCAUCUACUAAUACCGCCCCGACCCUUCCCAUCACAGAUGAAGAGAUUAUCGCAGUCCUUCGCGCGGACCCAGAGGGUGUUAGCAGCAAGGAUAUAACGGAGAUAUUCAGGUCUAGACUAAAGGCUGGAACUAAGGAUGUGUCAGUACUGGCGCAGAGGUUGAAACAGUUCGGAACUAGAGAGGGUGAUAUUAACAAGUGGAAGUUAAAGAAGGAGUUUGCCUAA